CACUCAAGUUUACAUCGGUGCUCUCUUCUUUUCUGCCCAUCUGAUAGACUUUGAGGUACAACAUUAAAGACUCUGAAGUUAAAGACUGCUGAACAAACUACUAUGAUACUGUUAGUAACUGAGACCAUGCGGGGAGAAAAUCAUUCAGUGGUGUCUGAAAUUGUGCUGAUGGGAUUUGCCAGUUCUUUGGAGAUAUGCAUUGUCCUCUUCCUGGUUUUCUCUAUGUUCUAUGUGGCAGGCGUUUUAGGAAAUUUCUUAGUUGUACUCACCGUGAUUGCUGAUCCCCACUUACACUCUCCCAUGUACUUCCUGCUCGCCAACCUCUCCUUUAUUGACAUGUGUGUUUCCUCCAUUACAGUUCCCAAGAUGAUUUCUGAUCUUUUAAAGGAGAGAAAAGUAAUUUCCCUUCAAGGCUGCAUCGCUCAGAUGUUCUUCAUUCAUGUUAGUGGAGGAACAGAGAUGAUGCUCCUCAUAGUCAUGGCCUAUGACCGGUACAUUGCUAUCUGUAAGCCCCUCCACUAUCUGACCAUCAUGAACCCAAGGACGUGUAUUUUACUCUUAGUAGUGACUUGGACCAUUGGAAUCAUGCACUCACUGAUCCAAAUUGUAUUUGUUGCAAACCUUCAGUUCUGUGGCCACAGUGAAGUGGACAGCUUUUACUGUGAUCUUCCUCGGUUUAUUAAGCUCGCCUGCACAGUCAAGUACAGGCUGGAUCUCAUGGUCACUGCCAACAGUGGCUUCAUCUCUCUAGGGACUUUCAUCACUCUGAUGAUCUCCUAUGCCCUUAUGCUGGUCACUGUUUGGCAGCAUUCUUCUGGAGGCUCGUCCAAGGCUCUCUCCACAUUGUCAGCUCACAUCACAGUGGUGGUAUUGUUUUUUGGCCCAUGUAUCUUUGUGUAUUCAUGGCCUUUUCUCAUGGUGCCUGUAGAUAAAUUCCUUGCCAUUUUUGAUGUGAUAAUCACCCCAUUUCUGAACCCUGUAAUCUAUACUUUUAGGAACAAAGAGAUGAAGGCAGCAAUGAGGAGGAUAUUCAGCCAAAUGCCGAGUUCCCAGAAUCUGUUUUAA